AUUUUAGUCAUUUAGAAGACGCUUUUAUCCAGAGCGACUUACAGGAGCAAUUAAGUUUAAGUGCCUUGAUCAAGGGCACAUCAACAGAUUUUUCACUUAGUCAGCUCUGGGUUUUAAACCAACUCUCUUAACCUCUAAGCUACCAUCUGCACCAGAUCCAGUAUGCUGAUGUAUUCAGAAUUGUGUUAACUAUUGUGGAAAAGGGAGUGGGAGGUUUUUGAUUUGAAGCAUGACAAAUCUCACAUGUUUUGUAUUAUAUAACUCAGCGACCAUGUGGCUAGAGUGACUGUCCUGAACUUGGAAGGUUGGGGGUUCGAUCCCAGGUCGAGUCAUACCAAAAGGGGCCAGAUUCCUCUCUGCUUGGCACUCAGCAUUAAAGAGAAGGAUUCGGGGUAAGGCCCUGCGAUAGACUAGUGUCCAGGUGGUGUACUUAUAUUAAACAACACAUCAAAAGCCUCAUGGUACAGAAACAGUAGAUAGGCUCAUGCCGUUCUGGCUUGGACAAGGCUGCUUAGCUAAUUAUAUAGCUCAAAAAGGGACUAAUAAUGAAUAAAAAUAAUGUUUUUGUUUCAUCUACAUCUCAGUCCAAGGGGGCUGGAAUGAUAAGUCAUGCAGCCAAACCAAUUACUUUCUGUGUGCCUUGAAACCUGAGGAAAGACAGGAACCGAAUGGAGGAGAAGAAGAGGGGAUGGUGGAAAAAGGGAGUGGGAGGUUUAUCCUUUAAAGUAGAUGACAGAUGAGCAGUAUAGCAGUAUAUACUACCUGUCAGAUACGCUUUGCAUUACAGCUUUCUCCGACAUCACGACCCCAGGACCCUGUAAAAUGUUAGAGAAAACCCACUGCUCAAAGACAAAGCCUUUGUCAGCUAAAAGUUCUCACCGUCACAGUCAGUUUCAGUCCGCCCAAAGAUUUAAUGAAACAACUGAUUGUCUUAGAAACUUCUAAACACAUUGCAUUUGAGCAGUGGUGGAAAAAGGACCCAAUUUUCAUACUUGAGUAAAAGUAAAGAUACUGUAAAAGUGAAAGUCACCCAGUAAACUUGAGUAAAAGUCUAAAAGUAUUUGGUUUUAAAUGUACUUAAGAUUCAAAAGUAUAAAUCAUUUAUAAUGUCUUAUAUUAAUUAAGCAACAUGAUUUUCAGACAACAUGAUUUUAUUUUUUUAUUUUUUCUUUAAGCAUAGCCAUGGGCACAGUUCAACAUUUCAACAUGUGUGUUUAGUGAGUCUGCCAGAUCAGAGGCAGUAGGGAUGACCAGGGAUGUUCUCUUGAUAAGUGUGUGAAUUAGACACUUUUCCUGUCCUACUAAGCAUUCAAAAUGUAAGGAGUAUUUCUGGGUGUCGGGGAAAAUUAAAGCAGUAAAAAGUACAUUAUUUUUUUUAGGAAUGUAGUGGAGUAAAAGUAUGUUGUCAAAAAUAGAAAUAGUAAAGUAAUGUACAGAUUCCCCAGAAAACGACAUAAGUCGGACUUUACACCACUGCAUUUGAGAAUCCUAUCUAGGCCUAUUGUCAGAAAACAGUGUAACCCAAUCUAUUUUCAGGGGGAAUUGUGUUGAUAAAAUGCUGCUUCACUUGUUUGUACUAUGAAACACUGUGCAUUGCUUGACUAGCAAAUAAAAAAAGAAUACAAAAAUCUCUUCAUUAAUCAAUAAUCGUUGCAUGACUUUCUUUUGUUGACCUAACCUUCAUUUAGCAAUAUUUAGCAAGCAGAUGUGUUCAAGAAAUAACAAUACAAAUACAGCCUCAAUUUUAUUUAUAGAUGGACAAUCCACUGGGUUGACUUUACAGAUUUAGAAUUUAACCUACUACCUUUCCAUUCGGUGACAUGUUUGAGUAGUGUGCCCAAAACAGAAAGCAUGCGUGAUAUUUACUUUGCAUACGUUUUUACGCAUGCUAUUGAUCAGAGAGAGAGAGAGAGAGAGAUUAAUCUCCCUCUACACAACUGUUACUCUAAUCCUCCUUGAGAGGAUAGGCUUAGUAAAACUACAGGCUGGAAACACUGCUGCAGCCAUAUUGAACAGACAUUUUGUAAAAAAAAAAAUAAAAAAAAACGAUUUAUUUUAUUUUAUUUGAUUACCAUAUUCUAAUGACUAUUUAGUCUACUGAGUAUUUUUACAACUAACUUUGAAACUUAUUUUCGGACAAAUCACUGGAUUAAUCAGUAGGCUAAUAAAUUGUAAUGGUCUCAUUUGGUAAACGUUUAAUUUAGUGGUUGUAGAUUAGAAUAUCUAUUUUUGAUAGUUUAGAGAUUGUGACAGUGGCAACACAGUUUUGAAGAUGAAGGACCGACUGGAACAGUUGAAGGCGAAAAGUGAUGUGGCUGGGGACGAUGUGGAGGUUCCAGUGGAGAACCAAGCCUUUAUGGAUGACUUCUUCGCCCAGAUUGAGGAGAUUCGCAGCUAUAUCGAUAAGAUAGAUGAGAGUGUGGCGCAAGCAAAGAAGCUGUACUCGACCAUCCUCUCCGCUCCUACAUCAGAGCAGAAGACGCAAGAUGACUUGGAGGCGGUCACCAACGACAUCAAGAAAGCAGCCGGCACCGCUCGCAACAAACUAAAGAGUAUCGAGAAGCAACUUGAGACAAACACAGAGGAAUGGUCGUCAGCAGACAUGAGGAUCCGGAAGUCCCAGCAUGCCAUCCUGGCCAAGAAGUUUGUGGAGGUGAUGACCAAGUACAACGAGGCUCAGACGGACUUUAGAGACAAGAGCAAAGGCCGCAUCGCCCGGCAGCUGGAGAUCACGGGAAAAACAACAACCGACGAGGAGCUGGAGGAGAUGCUGGAAGGAGGGAACGCAGCCGUCUUCACCGCAGGGAUCAUGGAGUCGGGUAUAUCAAAGCAGGCGUUGAAUGAGAUUGAGGCGCGGCACAAAGACAUUGUGAGGCUGGAGAGCAGCAUCAAAGAGCUUCAUGACAUGUUCGUGGACAUUGCUAUGCUGGUGGAGAACCAGGGCGGUAUGAUUGACAAGAUUGAGAGCAACAUGGACCAAUCGGUGGGCUUCGUAGAGCGGGCGGUUGCCGACACCAAGAAAGCAGCCAAAUUUCAGCAGGAGGCCCGUAGGGUGAAGUUGAAGAGGAGUGUCCCAGAUUACCCCCAGUCUAACCUGGGUGGAUGGAUCAACAGUGGACACUGUCUGUCAAGAGAUACAUUCAGCGCUACUCAGAGGAGAUACACCUCAGUCCGGCUAAAGGCCUUCCACCCUACAUUGUCUUUCGUCUUCUCUCUCUCUCUUUCCUUCCAUCUUUUUCUCUCUCUCACACACACACACACACACACACACACACUCUCUCUCCCUCUUUUCCCUCUCUCUCUCGUUCUUCUUUUAAGGCAUGCUUCCCCCCACAGCUCCUUUUCCCACUUCAAGGAUUUGUGUCAAUUAACUUUGGUAGUGUGCUUCCUUAAUAACCUUGGCGAAGACAGGUGAACGUUAACACUGUGUAGUCAUGUCAAGUAGCCUAAAGAUAUUGGUAAACAAAAUAAUAUGAAGAUAAAACGAUGAUUAAAAAAACGAUACAAUUUCUCACUGCCCUACUGACAGCUAGUAAUCAAAAUGACCCCAAAAUGGCACGCUUUUAUGUUGUUAUUGUAUUAUUGUGUGUUGAAGUUAUUGCAUAAUAUUUCACCCACGCAUUUCAUUUUUAUCCUACAUGUGUAUCGAUGCAUGUACCACCAGGGGGCAUGCCUGUGUCAAACUGUCACAUGCACUCUCUCUAGGAAUGAUGUGUAUAAACCCUGGAUGACUGUCAGGGGGCGCUGUAUUGAAGCCACCGUGCAGCCAUCUUGGUAAUCCUCCUCAAGCAUUAAAAAUAUUUUGGAAGCAAUAGAAAUGGAUUUGUUAAUUAAUGUCUACAUUCGUUUUUGACACAUUUUCUUUUUUUAUUAAAUACACUUUAAUGCAUACUUUUAAAUAAUAUUAUGUGAGCUAAAAAAAAUAUAUAUAUAUGGGGAGAGUACUUAUGUUACUGUCACCACUACAUAAAAACAACAACUUAAAUACAUGUAAUUUUGUCCUUGAAAUACCGUAGAAUUCCAUUCAUUCCUAUGGAGGACUGCGCCUUCAAGGGAAUGCCAAUAUGGCCGACCGGUGGCUUCAAAGCAUUUCAUUGGCCAAUACAUAGCAUCAACAGUCCAGGGUUUAUUUAUGUAAGUCAUUGCUCUAUCCUAUCUAAUAAUAGAUAAGAUAGUAUUUUUGUUGUGAUGUGAGCAAGCAAGCAGUAUCAAGUGAAUAGCCAAUAUAUGUGUUUGUGUCUUCAGUCGCAUACGUUUGUUGUGAUUUUGUAGGCAUUUAUAUGGAAAAUGUUAUCUGAUCAAAAUGUAAGGUCAGAUUUCAGUUUUUGUAGCCUUUCCCCUCUGUUGACAAAGAAUAAAAUAAAAUAAAAAG